GGUUGAUGACGCGUCACAGCGUCUGGUUGUCUUGACAAACGGGCCGCGACGUCCCGAGUAGGAAAAUAGCCAUGAGAGCAAGAGCGAGACACCGGCCACCCAGUCCCCUCACUCCCUCACCCCAUCGGAAGUGUUAAAUGCUUUUGAGCCCAAGGGCGGCCCUGAGCGACUUCGUCACACCUGCCUGAGGGUCUUGAGCAGUCACUAGCGUCGGGGGUGGCGGGGUGGAAGGGGAACAGGUCGAAGGUGAAGUGAGUUCUGAGUGAAGGAAGCAGGGCCGGGCUGAGGCCAAGGAGAGAUGGUGCUGUGUUCUGCAUCCUGACUCAGAGGAUUUUGUAACAGCCUUCAUCUCAUCCGACAUGACUGCAACCGAUUAUCCUUGUUAUUCGGAGUUUUUCCAGAGACAGGUCCUUGCCUGUUUCCUUACAAACCCACACUAUGGCAGCCUCAUUAACGCAAAUGGCCAUGCUGAAGUAUGGACGGAUUGGAAUGAUAUGUCCAAGUUUUUCCAGUAUGGAUGGAGAUGCAACACUAAUGAAGAUGCCUAUUCAAACCGUACCUUGAUGGGCAACUGGAACCAGGAAAGAUAUGACAUAAAGAAUAUCGUGCAGCCCAAACCCUUGCCUUCCCAGUUUGGACACUACUUUGAAACAACAUAUGAUACAAGCUACAACAACAGAAGGCCACUUUCAACCCAUAGGUUUAAGCGAGAGCCUCACUGGUUCCCAGGACAUCAACCUGAGCUGGUUCCUCCUCCAUACAAAUGCACAGAAAAGUCAAUCUACAUGAGUAGUUAUUCAAAGCCUCAAAUUGAUCAUCACUCUGUGUGUGUGUGGAAUCCUAGCAACUGCCGGUUUCAGAGUCCAUGAUUCUAAGAAAGAAUAAGUUUCAUUUUUCCAGUGUAGAAUGUAGGAGGGAACUCAUUCUAAGCACAACUAAGAUUUUAGCUGACUGUAGCACAGUUUUACUCUCUGAAUAAAUAAAGCCCAA